GCUAGUUCCUGUAGUAGGCCUCAGCGCGGAGAAGGGCCCAGGACGAGCGGCGGGAGCGGGCCGAGCGAGCGGCCAUGGCGGCGGUGGUGUAGAGCUGAGCCGGGCGGAGCAGUGGGGCCACCAUGAUUAUAGAGAACGUGGACGCUCUCAAGUCUUGGCUGGCCAAGUUGCUGGAGCCGAUAUGUGAUGCAGACCCCUCUGCCUUAGCCAACUAUGUUGUGGCACUAGUCAAGAAAGACAAGCCGGAGAAAGAGCUGAAAGCUUUCUGUGCUGAUCAGCUGGAUGUCUUUCUACAAAAAGAAACUUCAGGGUUUGUAGAUAAACUUUUUGAAAGUCUGUACACAAAGAGUUACCUUCCCUCUUUGGAACCUCCAAAAGCAGAAGCAAAGCCUGCAGGUCAGGAAAAAGAAGAAGUCAAGGAGGAGUUGCCUCUGAAGCAGAAUUUCCAAGAGGUAGUGGAAGAAGAGCGGGAGAGCAGGAAGAAGAAGUACUCCAGUCCGCAGAGAAGCCGUACAGAUUCCAGUGAGCAGAGAUCCAGAGACAAAAAGAGAGAUGAUGGGAAGUGGAGGGACUACGACAGGUACUACGACAGGAGUGAGCUGUACAGGGAGAAGUCGAGCUGGCGGCGCGGGCGCAGCAAGAGCCGCUCCAAGAGCAGGGGCCUGAGCCGGAGCCGCAGCCGCAGCCGGGGCAGGAGCAAAGACCACGACGCCAGGAGUGCUGAGCACCGAGAGAGAUCAAAGUUCAAGAGCGAAAGGAAUGAUGUUGAGGUCUCCUACAACCCGGUUGCCGUCUCUCCCAGUAAAUCAUCUGAGCAGUAUUCCGCUGCACAAUCUAUCCCCAGUACUGUCACUGUUGUUGCACCUGCACACCAUCUUGAAAACACAACAGAGAGCUGGUCAAAUUUCUAUAACAAUCACAACAACCCCAGUUCCUUUGGCAGAAACCCUCCUCCUAAAAGAAGAUGUCAAGAUUAUGACGAGCGAGGAUUCUGUGUAUUUGGAGAUCUUUGCCAGUUUGAUCAUGGAAGUGAUCCUUUAGUAGUAGAUGAAGUUUCUUUGCCAAGUAUGAUUCCUUUUCCUCCACCGCCUCCGGGACUUCCUCCUCCUCCUGGUAUGCUCCUGCCCCCUCUGCCAGGUCCAGCUCGGAAUAUGAGGCUACCGGUUCCGCAAGCUCACCCACAGGCACCGCCUCCCGUUGUCCUUCCCGUACCAAGACCCCCAUUAACGCAGUCCAGUUUGAUCAACAAUCGUGAGCAGCCCGGGACAAGUGUGGUGCCCAGCCUGGCACCUGUGGGAGCAAGGCUGCCUCCUCCUCUACCCCAGAACCUGCUCUACACAGUCUCAGAACAUACAUAUGAGCCAGAUGGCUAUAACCCUGAAGCUCCCAGCAUUACCAGUGCUGGGAGAUCCCAGUACCGACAGUUCUUUACGAGAGCACAAACGCAGCGUCCCAAUCUAAUUGGCCUAACAUCUGGGGAGAUGGAUACAAAUCCAAGAGCUGCCAAUAUUAUCAUCCAGACUGAGCCUCCCAUUCCUAUCACAAAUAACAGCAGCAAUGUCACUCGAGUUGUCCUGGAACCAGACAGCAGGAAAAGAUCUCCAAGUAGCAUGGAAUGUCCACCAUUAAAGAAGCCCUGGCUGGGAAAGCAAGCAAAUAACAACCAGAACAAGCCAGGAUUCUUGAAGAAGAACCAGUAUACAAACACCAAACUGGAAGUGAGGAAAAUUCCCCCAGACCUGAACAACAUCACACAGCUCAAUGAGCACUUCAGCAAGUUUGGAACUAUCGUCAACAUUCAGGUUGCUUUCCAAAACGACCCUGAGGCUGCUCUAAUUCAGUACUUGAAUAAUGACGAGGCCAGGAAGGCCAUUUCCAGCACAGAGGCCGUUCUCAACAACCGCUUUAUCCGAGUGCUGUGGCACAGGGACAGUGAGCAGCAGCCCCCAGUGCUGCAGCAGCAGCAGACACCCACUCAGCCUCUCCACCACCAGCUUCACCUUCAGCAGCAAGCCCUGACCACGACACCUGCUGUGACCAUGCACAGCAAUCUCUCAAAGGUGAUGAACAAACCCCUGGCAUCUGGUGCCUAUGUCCUUAAUAAAGUCCCUGUAAAACGUCGCCUUGGAGCAGCAGGAGGAAACCAGUCUGACCUGAGCCAAACUGGGGCUGUGGUGGAGGAUUCUCAGACGUUUCCCACUCCCACAAGCCACUCAAAAAUGGUUUACAGCGCUUCACACCUCAAGGCACCUGGGAAGCCUGGUGCAGGGUCUAAACCACACGAUGUGCAAGAAGCCCUUAAAAAAAAACAGGAGGCAAUGAAACUCCAGCAAGACAUGAGGAAAAAGAAGCAGGAGAUGUUAGAAAAACAAAUUGAAUGCCAGAAGAUGUUGAUAUCCAAGCUGGAGAAAAACAAGGCCAUGAAACCAGAAGAAAGGGCAGAAAUAAUGAAGACCUUAAAAGAGUUAACAGGCAAAAUAUCUCAGUUAAAGGAUGAAUUAAAAACCUCAUCUACAACCUCCACAACAUCAAAAUUAAAGUCCAAGACAGAGGCACAAAAGGAACUUCUCGAUGCAGAGCUGGACUUCCAUAAGAGACUCUCUUCUGGAGAGGACACAACUGAGCUGAGAAAAAAGCUCAACCAGCUACAGGUCGAGGCUGCACGCUUGGGGAUCUUGCCGGCUGGCCGUGGGAAGAUGUCACCAGGCCAGGGGAGGGGCCGGGGCCGGGGCCGUGGUGGCAGAGGCAGGGGCAUGUUGAACCACAUGGUGGUGGAUCAUCGCCCCAAGGCACUGACAGUGGGAGGCUUCGUGGAAGAGGAGAAAGAUGAAUUGUUACAGCACUUCUCUAAAUUUGGAGAUAUUGAAGACCUUCAGGAGGAGGAUUCCCCGUUAAGUGUUGUCCUGACUUUUAAAUCGCGCUCAGAAGCUGAGAAUGCUGCUAACCAAGGAUCCCGCUUCAAAGACCGAAGGCUACAGAUAUCAUGGUACAAACCCAAGGUACCUUCAGUGUCCACCGAGAUCGAGGAAGAGGAAUCCAAGGAAGAGGAAACCGAGACCUCAGAUUUAUUUUUGCACGAAGAUGAUGACGACGACGACGAAGACGAGGACGAAUCACGUUCCUGGAGAAGAUGAAACUUGAUGUUGGAAAUGUAUAAUUUUAGGAAUAUAGUUCAAGCUACACCUUUUAAACAUUUAUUUAAGGAAGUUGAUGAGCCAAAAAAGAAAAAAGCUUUACUUUCUUUUCAAACCACAAGGUCUAAAGUGAGCAAAGUUGGUUACAAAACAUUUUGGAUCUAGAGCUGUGACACGAAGCUAGCCAAAGGCCCAGUGAAUUUUUACAUCCUUACCAAGCUCACCAGGCUGGUGAUAUUUUCUAUUUAAGGAGGAUGAAAAAGAGAGAGGGGAGUAAGAAAUAAUUGAUAUUUUCUUGUCCUCUUUGUGUCGCCUGUAUUACCUUGUGUUGGGUUUUUUAUAACGUCGUUGAUUUGUUGGGUUCUAAUUGAAAAGCUACCCCAGGUUUUAUUUAGCAAUAUUCUGGACUUGGGGGAAAGACACAAACUUUCAUUAAAUGUUAUGAAAGAAAAAAAUGGCCUCAUUUGCUAAUUGAGAAGGGGGAAACAUUGUAUUUCAAGUGGAAUCACUUGUUAUAGGAAUUAUUUGUGGCUAGAUCGAUACAUUUAUUGCAGUCUGUGAAGGCCACCAGGUUUUAUGUUUGACUGCUUUUUGGGGAGAGGAGGUGGAAGAAGCAGUUUAACAGGGUAUUGUCAUGUCAUUGUCCAGGUUGGUUGGUUGGUUUGUUCAAAUUCUGCUCCACAGAAAAGACCAGCAAUGGCCCCUGCUGGAGUGGAUUUUCACUUUUUUCUUGGUUCUCUGCCAUAGUUUCAGGGUAAGGUUCAUGUUAGAUUCUGUUUACUGCAUUUCAGUGUUGCUGAGCAGGAAUGUAAUGUUUCAUACUGAAAAACAACUAAACUGGCAGCUGCCUGCCAGCUCUCCCUCCUCUCCCUGUCACCAGCCCUUUGAUCUUCAACCCAAAUCCAUGAAGUGCUCAGAGCAAAAAUGCUUUUUAGCCAAGGCAGUGUUGGUGUCCUGCUCCAAGAGCAGUGUUAAACCUGUACUGGGAGUGGCCAGUCCCUAGAGGAGUGUUCAGAGCUGGGCUUGAGAGGUUCUGAGCUUACCUUCAAGAUAAGCACCAUUCCAUUCUCCAUUGCCUUACUGGUGUUCCACUGUAAGAACAGCACCUGUGAAUGGGGUGGUUCAAUAGUAUUGAGGAUCAGGGGGUCAGGUGCCUGAGCUGUACAUCUCCAUUGUGACAGCUCCUGCAGCUCCUGAGAUCUCCAGGUAGCCUUUCCUUGCCUGCCCCUUGCACUGUGCAGGUUCACUACAUUUCAGAUGCAUUUCUACAUGAGAUAAGCAGCUUCUGGGUGCAGAAAUGCUGUCCUCUGGUGCAGAAAUGCUCUCCUCCUGGGAAUAAUCAGCUUAGCAAGUUCCCAGCUGAGGGGAAAAUGCCCAUCAAACCCUCUAAAUGGCUCUGAGCUUGGCAGGUGGCCUGUAGCUGAGCAUGAUUCGAGGUCAGCAGUCCCCAAACUUCGUUAUCCUUCUGCUGUGGUGAUGGAUCAAAGCUCAAGCCAGUAUCACUUUGUUUCCCUGCCAUCAAAGGGAAUGUGUCUCAGUAUUGUCUCCAAGUUCAACCCCUAUAUAAUUAGGACUUUCCUGCUGAUUGAGGCUAACUUGCAGACAGGAGGAAACAAGGGGCAGCCACUCCAACAUCCUUACAAGUCUUGCUUUUCUCCCGUCACCUCCAGUGUUUCAUUUCAGUGUCUGUGGCUCACUCAGUGUAUAUUUUGCAAACUCCAUUGCAGCAAACCCAUCUUGAGUGCUGACAGUUUAAAAAGUGAUAGAGGGAACAAAAGGAUUUAUAUAUUUUUUUGUACAGAGCUUUUUCUUAAACUGUAUAAUUUUGUAAAUACUUUGCUUUUUUUGUGUACUAAAACUACCAGCCUAUAGAUUUCCAUGAGAACUGUUGUAUUUUUGUAUCUGGAAAAUGAAAACUGCAGUGAAUGGAUGAAAGCUGUAAGAGCAAUGGCAGUAGCCUUGGCACAGGUAGAAUGGGAUUCCUUUUCAUAUGGUUUUUCAUUUAGGGUGGCCCUGCCUGGCUGGCACCCUGUUCAGGGGCACUUUUGGGCCAGAGGGAGGCAAGUGGUGGCUUUAGCUGGUGAACUUGUGAGGGCUUCAUCCGAUUUCUGGGUUGGGUUUAUUCCCCUUUACAGCACGCACUGGCAGGCUUCCAUAAGUCCUCUGGGGAUAUCCCAAACAUGGUGAUUUCUAGGUGGUGAGGCAGAGUUGUGCUCCUGAACUUGGCUUGUGUGUGGAUAGUGAGCUGUGGGGUGGUUGGGGAGUGCAGGUGGUGGGCAGGGCAGCGGUGCCUGACUUGGGGGUGUAGGGAGCAGGAAAGCUCUUGGAAGUCGCCUUUUUGCCACAGCUUAGGGAGCUCCCUGGAUUUUAGGCUCUGUUGUGCUGUUUGGGGAUUUUUGUUCAACAGGUAACACAACAGCGCUGCUUGCUUGCUGUGGCAACGCUUCCCUGGCAAAUUCACCUGUAUUUUCAAGGGGUACCCUGGGCCAGCUCAGAGCCAGCACCGUCACUCCUGUGCCCA